AUGACUGGCACAUUAUUCAAACGUCAACAUAGUUCUUCAGCAGGUUAUACAAAUGUAGAUAAAAUGGCUCGACCAGCACUUCGUCGUUCAUUAUCUGCUAAUUGUGAACAUGAAGUUAAUGAAAUACCAAAUGAUAAUGAAUGCAAAGAAAAACUAUCGAUUAAAUGUGACCGAAUACCAAGUGAUACUGAUUCUGGUGUUGAAGAUUCUGAUCAAAAUAGUUCAAGUUGUGGUAGUUCACAAGCAGAUAAUAUUGAUGGAAAAGAGCCAUCAACAGAUUUUGGUGCAUGUGCAGAUGAAGAUUUAAAAGAAAACACAACACCAGUUAUUCCUGAACCAUCUACAAAUUCUGUACCACAAAAUGUAGAUCCUAUUAGUAAAGAUUUUGGUGCGUAUGUAGAUAAAGAUCUUCUUGAUCGUGUUGCCAAGGUGCCACAUGAUCAAAAAAAAUAUUUUUGUGAUAAUACAAUGUGGGUUUUUCACGGUGAACAUGCUCGUCUUAUACAUUUUCCAGUUCGUUUGAGAUAUCCAUGGUGCAAUUAUUAUCUUUUAGCUGAAAAGGAAGCAGGAAGUGAUCCGCGCACAUGGGAUGGUUAUGUUUUCGAAGUACUUAACAAUGCAAAAGCUCAAUUUCAAUGUUCAAAUAUCUAUUGCCGUCAUGUAUGGACAUCAAUGCGUGCUCGUAUAUCAUUUGUAGUUAGCCGACCACAAGAAAAGGGUUUUGUUGUACUUAAAAUUUACAGACAAGGUUGUGAAGAAUGUAAAUGUGGAGUACUAGAAGAUGCUAUUUGGUAUAUGGAAGAAGUUUGUCGAGUAAUGGAGGACUUACGUGCAACAAUUUUCAAUCGUUAUUUUCCAGAUACGAUUAAGGAUGGAAAUUUACAAAGUGAAAAUGUUCAUCAAAAUAAUAUUCAACGUCCUCAACGUUUACGCUAUAAUGAUAAACAACGACAAGGAAACAUGGGUGCACCACAUGAUAAAUCUCGAUGUGAAGCAUGUCAAUAUAAUCGAUGCUAUCAAUAG